GUCAGAAUGGGACAGUGGGUUAGACUGAGUUGCCUUUUCUUGGUGUUACUGGUUUCUGGCCCAGAGUUGGCUGUUUCCAGGAAGCAUGUCCUAGCCAGGAAUCGGAGACAGUAUGACUCCUGGUGGGGGAGGACACCGUCUGGUUGGGGGUCCUCCAGGCUGAAUGUUGGGGUGGGUCAGUCCAGACAGCUGCAGACUCCUGUCCAGCAUCCUAUCAGUGUGCAAUGUAUGGAGGAUGCAAUGGUGGUAUCUGUAAAGCGGGAUCUCUAUGGAAAUGGGCGACUGGUGAAAGCCUCAGAUCUGAGUCUGGGUCCCAGGCAGUGUAUGCCAAGCUCCCAGAGUACAGCAACUACUGUGAUCUUCCAGCAGGGGCUGCAGGACUGCGGCAAUACCUUACAGGUGAGGAAACUUCUCUCUAGGUAUUCAUGAACUCUGUAUUUUGGUGUGUGUGUGACUUGAAAUUGUGAACUGACUCUUGGAUGUUGGAGAUAUAGGUGUGUAUCAAACGAAGGGGUGCUGCUGUAACAGUGCCUUGUAGUGGAUAUGGUGCUCCUGGUUUCCCAUUUUUAAGUCAAGUCCACUUUUUCCAAUGGAAAGCUAGAAGUUCUUCAGUUGGAAUGGCUUAUUGGAGCUUGUAUCUCUGCUGGAACUAACAAAAGCAGGGAAACCCCAGAUUUAAAGACUUUAAACUGGCAUGCCUGCUUACAAUGGGCAAGUGGGGCACUCCUGGUACCAUCACUACUGGCUAUGGUGUCUGGAGUGUUGCUUUAAAAUCCUUGAAGAGAUUCUGCAAAUGUAUCCUAUGGUCAUGUCCAAAGGGGCACAUAGUGGUUGAUCAGGGUACUCCAUGCAAAACCAAUUUGACCUGGACUUCAAACUUGGAGGCUCACAGAAGUGACCUAUGAAAAACUACCCAGUCUAAGCAUUUCCUUUGGCACCUCUCUCAAUACAAGUUACAUUUAAAGUGUGGUGGGCAUAACCAUGUGGUGUGUGGGUUUUUUUUUUUUUGUUUUUUUUUAAGACUUUAUACUGCAUAGAGAUGUGGACUGAUGACAUAUCAUGAAGGAGCGUAAUAGUAAAGGCUGCACAAACUAUAGGUGGCCCUUGAGUGCUGUGUGGUCCAGAUCUAUUGCAGUUCACUCCUUAAGGAUUAAAGGGAUCUAGUGUAUAGAGCAUACCCAUGUAGUGUCUCUGCUCAGUUCUUGGCUAUUUUAGCAUUAACUCACUCUUGUUGAUGUAUCCCUACCUACACCCCCACAAACUGACUCAGUCUCCAUCAGACUGCUUCAGGCAGACUGCAAGCAUCCUGUUCAUGGCUUUACAGUCCCAAUAUUUGGGUACUGUUCCCUGGUGUCCUGCUCUUGGGAACACCAGGGAUCUGUCACCAGCAAUCAUAGCUUGAGUACAUCACUAGUAGCUCACAUGUAGUUCAUGGCAAUAGCUCCCAGCAGGUUCUGGUGGAUGUGAAGCCAGGCUGACCCACCUAUUAACCCCCCUUUACCACCACCCACUGUUGAUCUGGUUCCUUGGACACUAGAGUUGGGAUGUAUGGACUAUGUGAAAGAAGUUAGGUUGUGCAUAUUGAGGACCAGCCUGUACAAUCUGCAUGCUUCCCCAGAAUGCCUGCUAAUGAAAACUGGGUUUAUACAACUCCACCAUCACUAAUCAAAUGAAGGCACUCUUCUAAAGAUUUGACACUUAAUCUCUGGCCUAUGUAUGGGAUUAGAUUAAAACUGUGUUCUGUGUACUGCUCCUUACCUACAACUUGCAGCCAUGGCAAACAAAUGUAGUGGUCAAUAUCGUGUCUUCUGCAGCUUAUUAAUGAGAAUGUCGGACAUCUUCAGUUUGUGGAGUUUCUUGUGUCUUAACAAACCUGAUUUUGUAUCUGCAGAUGACUUCAGACUGGCUGAUCUAUAGCACGAACUUGACCUACAGCCCAACCCCUUCCAGGAACAGUCCCAUUAUCCGUACCAACUCUGCUGUGAUUCCUAUCCAGUGCUACUACCUCAGGUGACCACCACUCUGUUAUGUCUCAAUCUAGCUUUCAGGUGAUAAUGCCUGUACUGGUAUCAGUCUGACAGUUGCUAGAGAUGUUACUCUGGUAAACACUGCUUUUCCAUCGUUACAAAGAAAUCAUUUUACCAGAAAAGGGACAUCUAUGAACCAGUUAAAGGAACACUAGAAGCACCCACACUCAUUGAAGUGGUCUGGGUGCCAUCCUUGGUAAUGUAGCAAUGCAAAACACUACCUUUUUGAGAAACUCAAAUGUUCACUUUGCAGUAAGACCGUCUCUAGCAACUUACUAAAGGGAGUCCCUUAAAUGACACUGGAUGCCCUCGCACUCUGCAUUAUGGUAUCUGUAAAUAAACUACAGAAAGUGACUCAAUGUUUUCCUAUGGGGAGGGCCUUAUGUGCUUGUGGCGCUCAACCCAUGCAUAUUCGCGUGUUUUUUUUUUUGUUUGUUUUUUUUCUCCCCCUUUCGGAUAUAUAUCGCGUUGGAAGCAGGUGAGUAAACUAACUUUUAUUCCCAAUACUAGAACCCCAUAAUUAUGUCUGUUUGGUACUUUAAGCUGCAAUAAAGGGUACAGCUUAAAGUCACAUAAAUAUUACCAAAAUAAGUACAAAAAGUAUUGUGCAAAACACUACUUAGUGACUAGUUUGGUCAACUUACAAAGUUGACUUUCUAAUAUCCGCUGCUGUGACACUACAAUAUGUAAUCUCUCACUACAAAUCCAACAGUAAUGCAGUGCUUGUAUAUGCACUGCAUGGUACUUUGUUUUGUGUGUGUAUAUAUAUAUAUAUAUAUAUAUAUAUAUAUAUAUAUAUAUAUAUAUAUAUAUAUAUAUAUAUAUAUAUAUAUAUAUAUAUAUAUAUAUAUGACAUCCACUACCAACUGAUCAGAUAAGUGGAGCUGCUGAAUACACUGCUAGCAGUCUGCAAUACAAUGAAUCCAGCGCUGGUUGCUAUAGUGAUGUCAUGGCAUCAGAGGUAGUAACGUUAGUGCAGAGUUGGUCUUCAGGCUUUAGUGUGCCCCAUUGAAACACGUAUAACCAAAAUGUCAGCCCCUGUGGACUUAACCUACAAACCUCAUUCCUCUUGCUCUUUCAGUCCACCCAACUGGCCUACUUUUGGCAAGGCUGUCUCAAUUUACAGAUCAUGUCCUACAUUUGGGGCCACUGGGGGAAGUUCCUCAAGCAUUGGGAACUAAAACUGCCUGGCUGACAUCCCCUUCAGUGGGUGAGCACAUCCAGUGACCAGCUGAAGGGUGACUUGUAUAUCUCCGUAUGUUGGGAGAGAUGUUAAUGUCUUCCCUGAAGGCGGCAAGCCACAAUAAAAACUGCAGCAUUAAAUGUCAUGAUUCUGGUACACCACUUCACAAUACCCCAUGCUUCGAGAAUGACAUCCAGAGAUGUUUUUCUGUCUUCUGAAAACCACCCAUUCCUAAUAUCAGGAUAAACUUAUUCUCCUGAUACUGGUUCUAACAUGUAAAACUCUAGUGCUGUGCCAGCCUAUAGCUGUAUAAAACCUGCUGCAGUAAAGGGCAGCAUCCUUGGUACAGUCUAGGACAAUUAUACACUGACUUCAGCCAUCCAAGUGUUUGUAUCACUCCUGCAUCCAGCACUAGGACCACACUUCAUUAAUGCUCUGCAUGGCUGGUCCUGAGUGAGAUGUGCUAUCAGGCUGUAGUGGUUAUGGUGCCAGAUGUAUCUUAGCACAUCCCAAAUGGCUCCUUCUACAGAAUUGGGGAGCAGUGCAGUCGUCGGCUGUGCUGUCACUAAUUAUAACCAUUUGGCUGAUCACUGUGGAAUGAUGCUUGGUGUAGAAUUUCUAUAAAAUACAUAAGUGACUACAUUCACUCGUGUAUAGCUGCCAUGUUAAGAAGGAUCUUUCAGAAGUCAAUAAAACUUUACCCACAAUCCAUCAGUCCCACAGUAGUCAAGCAGCAGAUAAAAUGGCUGUGCCCAGGUAUUGCUAUCUGGUGAAAAACUUGGUGAUUUAAAGUCAAGCUGAGUAUUAUCUAAGAUACCGGGUGUGUAAGGAAAGUCAGACAGCUCUUGCAUGUGUGAUUGGGUGUAUAAUUGUCUGCCCUACACGUAAGCUCCAUACCUUUCUGCCGGUUUGUAAAUGUAUGAGGUGAACUGCUGCACUUGUAACAUAGCUACAUGGUCCUUUUAUUUUGUAUUUGUUUUUAAAUCAGAAACUGCUCUGGUAAACUAGUCUGUGGAGUACAUAUGAUCAAUGGGGCCCUGGUGUGAAAACUUAUCCAUGGGCACCCACCCUGUUGCAGAGUUCCGGAGUGACAGGCCUGAUUGCACCUGCAACCGCAGAAUGUACGCCACAGACUACUGUAGUGGGAGUUGUACAAACAAAUCUCCCCUAAUAGUUCUGGUGUAGAUCAUGCCCAUGCAGUCUCAUGGUUCUAAUCCCUGCCAUUUAGUGAUGCAAUCACUUUGUUUGUUCAGCCAGUCACAGCUCCUCUGGGAGACUCAGUCAAAUGGUUUAAUUUUUAAACUGGAUGUGAAAGCACAGUACAACUUCAAAUCCGCUUUUCCUGCUCUAAUGGCUAAGACACCAAAGGAAAGCGUGGAUUUGAUAGACAUGUCUUCAUGUAAAGCCUGAGUACAUCAGCAGUUUCAGAGUCAAACUUCAUGAAAUGGGAGCACCUCUAGUUUCUCUGAAAUGUAAUAUUUCAGAUUGUAGUAUUAAAAUGACAGUGUACCCUAACAACUUCAAUGAGAUUACCUGGUCUUGGUCCCUUUUUAUUACAGUGUUUACUGAAGUCAAAUAUGCAGACUACUCCACGGAGGCUGUAUGAGUCACAGCCAGAGGGGGUUUAGCUAGGGAUGCAUAAACAAGAGUACUCCUUUCUCUGCCAUUUGAGUAAAAUCAGUGACUUCAUUUCUAAAGCUAAAAUUCUGGUGCUUGGUGCACUUUAAAAACAUUAAUUCAGAACUUACUGAAAGCAAUGUAAUGAGAUAUUCACAUAUUUAUUUUUUUCUGCAGACAUGGCAAUGUGAGCAGCAAUGCCAUCAAACCAACAUGGAUUCCCUUCAGCUCCACCAUAUCUGCAGAGGAACGUCUGUCCUUCUCAUUGAUGCUGAUGAAUGGUAACUACUGGCUGGAUGUUAUGGGUGACUUGUGUCUCUGCUGUCACUAACCCCAUUCAAUGUGUAACCUUCCAGAUGACUGGAGUGCUCCACGGACAUCUUCAAUAUUCACUUUAGGUGAUAUAUUCCACAUAGAGGCUUCUGUUGACACUACAAACCAUGUGCCUAUGACGAUCUUUGUGGACAGCUGUGUGGCAACAUUAUCCCCUGAUGCCACCUCCAGCCCUCAUUAUGAGAUCAUUGCUCAGAAUGGGUAGGUUAUGCCACUUGUGGUAUUGUGGUAGCUGGUAAUACCCCUUCUAAACCAGUCUGUGCUUUGCAGGUGUCUGUUGGAUGGCAAACAGGAGGAUUCAUCCUCUGCAUUUAGAUCCCCAAGACCCACACCAGACCGGCUCCAGUUCACAGUUGAUGCCUUCAGAUUUGUUGGAUCUGAUAACUCCAUGGUGAGUAUCUAGUCAAAAGUCUCUGUACACUUUGAGAAACCUCCUAAAUGUAACCUCUGUUUGUAGAUCUACAUCACCUGUAACUUGAGAGCUGUUGCAGCAAGUCAGGUUCCUGAUCCCAUGAACAAAGCCUGUUCCUUUAGCAAAUCCUCCAACCUGUAAGUAACGACAACCUCAAGCAGGGUUGUUGGCAACACUGAGGCUUGAGGACAUAGCUGUUAGUAAACAUUCUAACUGAGGCUAAAUCCUCAAAUGGAUUAAUGGUUUUUCUUCCUUAGCUGGACUGCUCUGGAAGGAAAUAGUGCCAUAUGCAGCUGUUGUGAGACUGGAAACUGUGCUACAACUGGUAGCAGCCGGAGACUUAAUCCAUGGUAUCCUGGACAAAGGGGUGUUGGCAAGAGAGAAGUUCCAUCUGGUGAGUUAAAUAAUGUCAAGAUACAUUUAGUGCAGUGUGAUGCAUAACUGGACUGCUACCUCUUGGGUAACUUCAAAUCCGCUGACCUGUCAGCAUGUACUGAAGCCUACUUGUUUUCACAGGACCUCUGUCAGACCAAGAACACAAAUGGACGACACUGGGACCUCUGCUGGUGGUUGGUGCGGAGCAGAGCCAGGCUCUUGCUGUGACCCAAGAAUCUACAAGUGUGGAGCUCUGGGUGUUGGUGACCCUUGGUAUCCUGAGUGUGGCUGUCAUUGUGGUUGGAGCUCUUGUAGCAUUUAUUAUGAAGUAA